UGUAGCCGAAGUUCGACCUCGAUAUCCUCGGGCCUAAAGCUUAUAUAUACAGACCUCUUGGCGACCAUAUCAGGCCCUUGGAGGAAUCAUGUUCAUAUCUCACCUGAUAAGAUGGCACCUCAAGUCUCACCUGGGCACCGCAAGGCUUGGACACGAUCGACAUACCGCGGAAUCGAAAACCUCCUUUUCCCAUCGUUUGGUCCUGAUCUCCAGACUCUCGACGAAGAUGCGAUUCGUCGCGAUGUUCGCUUUGCCAUCGCAAAUGGGUGCUUCUCGACCCUAUUUGCUUCCCUAGGCCACCCCGUGGACGUUGCCAUUCGGGCUCUCGAAGUCGCAUGCGAGGAGGCGUCCGAUCAAAUUCUGGUUGGUACCUUCACUGAAUAUGCUACCGUGGAAGAUAAUUUGGCUCUGGUCAAAGGUGCUGCUGCGGUGGGUUGCAGUCACAUGCUGAUCAUGUACCCCCCAGCCAUGACGCCCAAGUCCGAAGAUGAGGUAUACACUUAUCUGCACAACCUUAUCGCGGCGACCGAUAUUGGUAUCGUUCUUUACGCAGCACCCCACAAAGGUAUUGCGAAGUUCUCAUCCUCUCCAAGCGGUGUUGCUCUCGACGUCCUCGAUAAGCUCGCAGGCCUUCCCACUGUGAGUGGUCAGAAGCUCACCCAGACCAUUGACCCGAUUCUUGCACGCGAAUGCUGUGUCCGCUUUGGAGACCGCUUGACAAUCAAUUGCGUCGCACCAGAGCUCAUGCCCCUUCUCGGACGUGAGUUCGAUCUUCAAUGGUCUGGAGAAUGGUCAAUCGAAGGUGUCCAAAGUCCGGACAAACCAUUCCUGGGCCGAUAUGUAGGCUUGAUCGCGAAAAAGGAUUUCGAGGCAGCAGAAGCUCUUUAUUGGAAGUUCUAUCCAGCAUACAAGCUAUUCAGCGACUUUCAAAUCCCGAAGCUGAAGAUAGGGAGCCAUCCUUGGCAGCAUCUCAAAUAUUAUCAAUGGCUGACGGGUGGCAAUGGCGGCCUGGCCAGCGUGAAAGGGCAAACUCCCGAGCAGAUCGGCAUAUUGACGGCUGCGGAUCGUCAGGCCAUACGACAAACAUUCAAAAGUAUCGGAGUUAAGAUCACAAAUGCUUUGGAUGAUGAAUUCAUUGUUGGGGUCGAGAAUGCACGUCGAGGCGUGAAGGCAAGCGAGUUCCUGGAUCGUCCAUACUACGAGUAAUUGUGGGCACUCUCCAUUGAAAGAAUGUGAAUACGUUGGAAGUUUAUUCUCCCAUGUAGCUUUUGAGGAUAUUGAUUGGCUACGAACUAUGAUCAUCCAUGUCGAACCUUCUCAUACAUAUUCAUAGCACAGUAAUCCACCUUGAAUAUCCAUAACAUCGGCA